AUGGCUUAUGCUCCCACUGAUUUACUGAUCUAUACUGCUCUCUACUACUGUUGCAUGUUGAGGUCUUCCCAUAUAAAAGGGAAUAAACUCAUAGAACUCACUAGAGCAUCAUUCUCUCAAAAUCCACUGUCAUGGGACACAUCAUCCAAUCUUUUCAGCUGCACUGCAUACCAUUGCACACAUUCGCCUGUUUCAGGCGGUCUGUGGCGAGCCUUGACACAUAGGACACAUCAGCCAGCAGCGUCGUCCCGCUGUAUGAGCUCCACUGUGCGCAGGAGAUGCCUGCCAAGUGCCUUUCCAGUUAUAGAUGGAGAAUUUCAUCCAGCUCACAGACAUGUGUAUGAAGCCAAUAUCAGGAACUGCCUAAUCUACCAGCAAAAAUACCUUGAGCACAAGGAAAAAGUAAUGAAGGGGGGUGGUGAAAAUGUCAUAGCACGUCAAACGCAGAGGAAUCGAAAGGUCCUUGUACGAGACAGACUCCGCAUGCUGCUGGAUGAUGAAGAUUAUUUAGAACUUUCUCCUUUUGCUGGACUUGGUCUGCCCUAUGGAGACAUCCCAUCAGCAGGCUGUCUCACAGGAAGCGGUCAAAUGAAUGGACUUUGGUGCAUGUUCAUUGCUAAUGAUGCCACUGUGAAAGGAGGUACAACGUAUCCCAUCACAGUUAAAAAGCAACUCAGGGCGCAGGUUGUGGCCAUGCAGAAUCGCUUGCCCUCUGUUUACUUGGUGGACAGUGGUGGCGCAUUUCUGCCUCUUCAGUCAGAGAUCUUUCCUGAAAGAAACCAUGGAGGACGCACCUUUUACAAUGAAGCAGUUAUGUCAGCAAUGAAGAUUCCCCAGGUGGCAGUAGUGUGUGGGUCAUGCACAGCUGUUGGAGCUUAUGUCCCCACUAUGUCUGAGGAGGCGGUGAUUGUCCACAGGAUAGGAACAAUAUUUUUGGGAGGCCCACCGCUGGUGAAAGCUGCAACCGGAGAGGAGGUUUCUCCAGAGGACCUGGGAGGAGCCAGGCUGCACUCAGAUCAUCAGAUUGGAAUCGUGGCAAAUAAUGGAGAGCUGACACAUGAAGCUUCCCUGAAAGGCAGUCAUAUUGUUCAGCUGUGUGACCAGAGAGACAUUCCCCUCAUCUUCAUGCAAAACACAGCACCAGAACCUGCACACACAAUCUCACAAGCCAAGUGUGGAAGGGCUUUUGACCCUAAUUUCCUGUUCCUGUGGCCCAAUGCAAGAGUGUCGAUUUUGGCCCCAGGCCACUCAGAUGCAUUUGUGCUUAAGACUGAAGAGGAAAUCACACAGAUUAAUGAGAUGUUGGAGGAAGAGAGUUCAGCAUUCUUUUCCUCUGGCAGACUGUGGGAUGAUGGUGUUAUUCGACCUCAAGACACCAGAAAGGUUUUGAGCAAGUGUCUGAAAAUCAUUAAACAACAAGACUAUCAAUUGUCCAGAGAGAAAAUGAGGACGCCUUUUCUCCGACUGUAACACUACCU